UUUACAAGCAAAAAUAACGAUUUCUUUGGUUUUUUCGUUAUAUUGACGAACUCAUCUUCUUCGCAUUUCAUCAAACACCUUCCUGACCAAAUCAUUUUACUUGAACUAAGCCCAGAUCACUUGGAGUCAAUAUUUGAAGCAACAUUUGUGACUGAGAAACGAUAAGGAUGUACAGCUCCAAAUGAUCACCUCUUUACAUUUACCAUCACCGUUUCUUUGCGGAGCAUAGAUUUGAUAUUAGUAUGUGACUCAAAAGGUGUUUGAUGAAAUGCUUCAAUGAGAAACGAUCACCCGGACCAACUUCAUAAAGGGUAACGGUAGCUCUAUGAUAAAUUGCACACACUAAAAGAUCUUAUUUGCCACAAAAUGCCUGCAACUUUGCGGCUCAAAGUUAAAAUGUUUAAUCACUUCUUCAAGUUUACAACCUCUCAUAGCUUUUGUUCAUCAAGAGUCAAUAUUCCAAAAACACUCAAUCAGCUACUUAAUCAGCGACCACCAUUGUUGCAAAUCAAGCAAGUACACGCUCAAGUUAUCACCCAAUCACUCUCAUCACAUUCCAUUUUGAUUGACUCUUUAAUUCAUUGUUAUCUCUCAACUAAUAAUCUAAACUUUGCAAGAACUCUAUUUGAUCAAUACCCAAACUAUCCCCCAUCAAUAUUGCUAUGGAAUAUAAUGAUCAGAUCAUAUUCCAAGCUCCAGAAUUCUCGAGAACCAAUCAAUCUUUUUCGCCGAUUGAACGCCUUAGACCAAGAUUCUUCGGUUGCCCCAGACCAUUACACAUUCACUUUCUUGAUCACGUCGUGCACACACCAAAACUCAGAGUUACAUGGCAUGACCAUUCAUGGGAUUGUCAUUAAAAAUGGGCAUGUAAGUAAUCUAUACGUAGGUAAUUCAUUGAUAAAUUUGUAUGCUGUGUUUUGCAUACUAGAUGAUGCCUGCAAGGUGUUCGAUGAAAUGCCUGAAAGAGACGUCUUUUCAUGGACCAGUCUGCUAGGUGGGCACGCCAAGCAGGGGAAAAUAACACGAGCCUGUGAAAUCUUUGCAAUGAUGCCGAUGCGUAACAUGGUAUCAUGGGCUGUUAUUAUUUCAGGAUUUCUUGAUCAGGGUAGGUACACCGAUGCGCUUAUAUACUUCCAUGAUAUGCUAAGGGAAUCACAUGGUUGUUUUAAGCCAAAUGAAGCCGUUCUUGUUUGUGCUUUAUCUGCUUGCGCUAACCUUGAGGCUUUAUAUCAAGGAAAGCGGAUUCAUGCAUACAUAUACAAGAACGGUUUCACUAAAAGGUCUAACAUCUCGACUGCUCUUAUUGAUAUGUACUCAAAAUGCGGGAUCAUAAACGAUGCAUAUCAAGUUUUCAACAGCAUUUCUGAACCAGAUGUUUGCAACUACACAAGCAUGAUUUCAGGGUUCUCGGAUCAUGGAUUGGGUAGCAACGCCCUUCGAGUUUUUCACCAAAUGAUUGCUCAAAACGUCACUCCCAAUGAGAUAACACUUCUUGGUGUCUUAAAAGGAUGCAGCCAUUCGGGUCUAGUAGAAGAGGGUUCUUUCAUUUUCUACAAUAUGGGUCGGUAUUGGAACAUUGAACCCAAAGUCGAACACUAUGGUUGUUUUGUAGAUUUACUAGGUCGUGCUGGCCAUUUGAAACCGGCCUUAGUGAUUGCAAUAAAAAUGCCUUUAGAUCCCGAUAUAGUUAUAUGGAGGGCGUUGUUAAGUGGUUGUAGAAUUUACAAGGAUGCGAAUCUUGCAGACAAGAUCGUUGCAUACGUCGAGCAGGGGUAUUGUAGUCAAUUCAGUGGAAAUGAAGUGCUUCUUUCAAACUUAUAUGCUUCUUUAAGCAAAUGGGAAAGAGUUGGUGAAAUACGAAAAAUAAUGAGCCAAAGAGAGAAUGAAUCAAGACCGCGAUCAGAAUCAAGCGUAGGAUGCAGUUGGAUCGACGUGAAUGGUGCUGUUCACGAGUUUCGUGUCGAUGAUCAGUUGCACCCGCAUAUUGAAAAGUUAAACGAUGUAUUGAAAAGACUAAUGUUAGACGAGAUGUCUGAAAUCGAGUUUUGCAAGUGAUUAUCUGAUUAUUGUUGUUGAAAUGAAAAUCAUUAGAAAUUGGUUUCUA